CCGCAGCCAGCGCAGCCUUCCCGGGGUGUGCGGCGGCCGCUCUCGAGCGCAGCCCUGCCCAGCCGCGCGUCCGGGUGUCCGCGCCCCACAGCCACAGCCUUGCUGCGCUAUAGCGCACGGAGCAUGUGCAGACCCGCAGGCGUUAAGGUGCUAUCUGUCCGGGGGGCUUCUGGGCAGUGGUGACUGUCACGCCUAGAGAGACCUUUCGGGGGCUCUCGCCGCGCCUCUGCGUCGUGGGUGACACUGCGGUGCUCACGCUCAGGACAUCAGCUGCCUCUCGGUGGUCUUGAGACGUCUUGAGCUCCGUGCGCUCUCCCUCUUCUUCCUUCACUGUUCUCUCCUUCUCUUCCUCCGCAGCUAGCUCCUUCCCUCGCCCGCUCACAUCCGCAGGCUCCAGGAGCAGGAGGCUUGGGUCCCCUCCGCCUUUUUUCCAAAGGGGCCUCCUCGCUUCGGAGAUGCAGUGAAGAGUUAAUAUGGGCUUGCAAGCCUCAGGUUCCCAGGAAGAGAAUCGCAAGAGGCAACAGCCCCUGAGCUCCCAGAGCCCCUGAAUUGGCCGCCCAGAAGGGGCGUGAGACUCGGCUGCAGCAUCCAUCCAGGUGGGACCAGUUGAGCACCGCGACUAGUCCUCCGCAGCAUUCCAGCAUCUCGAAGGCGCGCUCAUCGUUUUGCUCCGAACUCCCCGACGCGGGGAUUUUUUUCCCCCUCCACUGGUGGUGGGCGCCUCGAGGGCCGAGGCCCGGCGCCUACUCUGCUGCUCGCGCUGCCUUUAGCGGUCGCCUCCGCCGCCGCUGCCAGGGACGUGCUGGGAAAGCCGAAGCCCCGCGAAAAGAUGCCGGCCAUCCUGGUCGCCUCCAAAAUGAAGUCGGGACUGCCCAAACCCGUGCAUAGCGCCGCGCCCAUCCUGCACGUGCCCCCGGCCCGGGCCGGCCCCCAGCCCUGCUACCUCAAGUUGGGAAGCAAGGUGGAGGUGAGCAAGACCACCUUCCCUAGCCAGAUCCCACUGAAAUCGCAGGGGCUGCAGGAGCCGGCGGGGGAGGGGCUCCCGCUGCGGAAGACCGGCUCGCUGGAAAACGGGUUCGAUACCCAGAUCUACACGGACUGGGCCAAUCAUUAUCUAGCCAAAUCAGGCCACAAACGUCUCAUCAAGGAUCUCCAGCAAGAUGUGACAGACGGCGUUCUUCUGGCUCAGAUUAUCCAGGUUGUGGCAAAUGAAAAGAUUGAAGACAUCAAUGGCUGUCCGAAGAACAGGUCACAAAUGAUUGAAAACAUAGAUGCCUGCUUGAACUUUCUGGCAGCUAAGGGGAUAAACAUUCAGGGGCUGUCUGCAGAAGAAAUCAGGAAUGGAAACCUCAAGGCCAUUCUAGGCCUCUUCUUCAGCCUCUCCCGGUACAAGCAGCAGCAGCAGCAGCCCCAGAAGCAGCACCUCUCCUCGCCUCUGCCGCCUGCCGUGUCCCAGGCAGCCGGGGCCCCCUUCCAGUGCCAGGCUGGCACUCCUCAGCAACAGGUGCCAGCCACUCCCCAGGCCCCGUGCCAGCCUCACCAGCCAGCACCACAUCAGCAGUCAAAAGCACAAGCCGAGAUGCAGUCCAGUGCAUCAUCCAAGGACUCAUCUCAAAGCAAAAUCAUCCGCUUCACUCUGGGUCAGAGAAAGAUCUCUAGACUUCCAGGUCCUACCGCCAGGGUAUCCGCUGCAGGCAGCGACGCCAAAGCUCGCGGAGGGUCAGCUGCUGCUAACAACCGACGCAGCCAAAGCUUUAACAACUAUGACAAGUCCAAACCAGUCGCCUCCCCUCCCCCACCGCCACCACCAAGCAGCCACGAGAAAGAGCCAUUGGCCAGCCCAGCCUCCUCCCACCCCGGAAUGAGCGAAAAUGCACCUGCUUCUUUGGAGAGUGGCAGCAGCUCCACCCUUGCUAAUUGCGGCGUUUCCUCGGCCAUCCCGCAGCCCGGCGCAGCCACCAAGCCCUGGCGCAGCAAGCCCAUCAGUGUGAAGCACAGCGCCACAUCCUCCAUGCUCUCGGUCAAGCAGCCCGUGUCCGAGGCCCCCAGGCCCAGCCCCGAAGCCUUGAAGCCAGCGCCCAACAAUCAGAAGUCCAUGCUGGAAAAACUAAAACUUUUCAACAGCAAAGCGGGUUCCAAGGCGGGCGAGGGCCCGGGGUCGCGGGACACGAGCUGCGAGCGGCUGGAGAUUCUGUCCAGCGUUGAAGAGGGCGAAGAGAUGGAGGCCACCGGCCGCACGCCCUCCAUGGCGGGCCCCACUUCCAGCAGCCCCAAGAUCGCGCUCAAGGGCAUUGCCCAGAGAACUUUCAGCCGGGCCCUGACCACCAAGAAGAGUUCCCUGAAAGGCAACGAGAAGGAAAAGGAGAAACAACAGCGGGAAAAGGAAAAGGAGAAAAGCAAGGACCUCACCAAGAGAGCCUCCGUGACGGAGAGGCCAGACCUCAAAGAGGGGCCCAAAGAAGACCCCAGUGGGGCAGCGGUGACCGAGAUGCCAAAAAAGUCCUCCAAGAUCGCCAGCUUCAUCCCCAAAGGGGGCAAGCUCAGCAGUGCCAAGAAGGAGGCCCCAGCCCCUUCCCUCAGUGGAAUACCAAAACCAGGAAUGAAGAGCAUGCCUGGGAAAUCCCCAAGUGCCCCUGCCCCUUCCAAGGAGGGGGAGCGGAGCCGGGGUGGGAAGCCGAGCUCGGGGCUCCCCCAGCAGAAGCCCCAGCUGGACGGCAGACACUCCAGUUCCUCCUCCAGCCUGGCGUCCUCGGAAGGGAAAGGCCCAGGAGGGACCACCCUGAACCACAGCAUCAGCAGCCAGACUGUCAGUGGGUCCGUCGGAACCACCCAGACCACAGGAAGCAACACCGUCAGCGUUCAGCUACCUCAGCCCCAGCAGCAAUACAGCCACCCCAACACUGCCACGGUCGCGCCUUUCCUGUACAGGUCCCAGACAGACACCGAAGGGAAUGUUACCGCCGAGUCCAGCUCAGCAGGCGUGAGCACGGAGCCUGGCCACUACGCCAAGAGCGGACAGCCUGCGCUGGAAGAACUGGCCGGGGAAGACCCGGAGGCUCGGCGACUGCGGACGGUGAAGAACAUCGCUGACCUGCGGCAGAAUUUGGAGGAGACCAUGUCCAGCUUACGGGGAACUCAGGUUACACACAGCACAUUAGAAACCACAUUUGACACCAACGUCACCACGGAGAUCAGCGGACGCAGUAUCCUCAGCCUGACCGGCAGGCCCACCCCUCUCUCCUGGAGACUCGGCCAGUCCAGCCCCCGCCUCCAAGCAGGGGACGCCCCCUCUAUGGGCAACGGGUACCCGCCUCGAGCCAACGCCAGCCGCUUCAUCAACACCGAGUCGGGCCGCUACGUGUACUCUGCGCCCCUGAGGAGGCAGCUGGCCUCCAGGGGCAGCAGUGUCUGCCACGUGGAUGUCUCAGACAAGGCAGGAGAUGAGAUGGACCUGGAGGGCAUCAGCAUGGAUGCCCCCGGCUACAUGAGCGACGGGGACGUCCUGAGCAAGAACAUCCGGACGGACGACAUCACGAGCGGGUACAUGACCGAUGGCGGACUUGGCCUCUACACCCGUCGCCUGAACCGGCUCCCUGAUGGGAUGGCUGUGGUGCGGGAGACCCUGCAGAGAAACACCUCCCUGGGCCUCGGGGAUGCCGACAGCUGGGAUGACAGCAGCUCCGUCAGCAGCGGCAUCAGCGACACCAUAGACAACCUCAGCACUGAUGACAUCAACACCAGCUCCUCCAUCAGCUCCUAUGCCAACACACCUGCCUCCUCUCGCAAAAACCUGGAUGUACAGACUGACGCGGAGAAGCACUCACAGGUGGAGAGGAGCUCCCUCUGGUCGGGCGACGAUGUCAAGAAGUCCGACGGAGGGUCAGACAGCGGCGUGAAGAUGGAGCCGGGCUCCAAGUGGCGGCGGAAUCCCUCGGACAUGUCUGACGAGUCCGACAAAAGCACGUCGGGCAAGAAGAACCCCGUCAUCUCCCAGACGGGCUCGUGGCGGCGCGGCAUGACGGCCCAGGUGGGCAUCACCAUGCCGAGGACGAAGCCGGCUGCCUCGGCGGGCGCGCUGAAGACCCCAGGAUCAGGAAAAACCGACGAUGCAAAAGUGUCCGAGAAAGGGAGGCUGUCCCCCAAAGCCUCGCAGGUGAAGCGCUCCCCGUCAGAUGCAGGCCGCAGCAGUGGUGACGAGUCCAAGAAGCCCCUCCCCAGCAGCUCCCGGACGCCCACCGCCAACACCAACAGCUUUGGGUUCAAGAAGCAGAGUGGCUCGGCUGCCGGCCUGGCCAUGAUCACAGCCAGUGGGGCCACUGUCACCAGCAGGUCAGCCACACUGGGCAAAAUCCCGAAGUCGUCUGCGCUCGUCGGACGGUCCACUGGUCGGAAGACCAGCAUGGACGGGGCUCAGAAUCAGGACGACGCGUAUCUGUCUCUGAGCUCCCGGACAAACCUGCAGUACCGGAGUCUGCCGCGGCCCAGUAAGUCCACCAGCCGGAACGGGGCCGGGAACCGGUCCAGUACGAGCAGCAUAGACUCUAACAUCAGCAGCAAGUCGGCAGGCCUGCCGGUGCCCAGGCUGAGGGAGCCCUCCAAAGCGGCCCUCGGGAGCUCUCUGCCGGGCCUGGCCAACCAGACGGAUAAGGAGAAAGGCAUCUCCUCGGACAACGAGAGCGUGGCUUCCUGUAACUCCGUGAAGGUGAACCCGGCAGCACCCCCGCCUGUGUCCAGUGCGCCUCAGGCCACCCUCCAGCCAGGGGCCAAGUACCCUGACGUGGCCUCUCCCACGCUCCGCAGACUCUUUGGUGGGAAGCCUAGCAAGCAAGUGCCCAUCGCCACAGCUGAAAACAUGAAAAACUCGGUGGUCAUCUCCAACCCUCAUGCCACCUUGACCCAGCCAGGUAACUUAGAGUCCCCCUCAGGCAGCGGCGCCCUGAGCAGCGGGAGCAGCAGUCCUCUCUACAGUAAGAAUGUGGAUCUCAACCCGUCUCCUCUAGCUUCCAGCCCCAGCUCAGCGCACUCGGGCCCCUCCAACAGCCUCACCUGGGGCACCAAUGCCAGCAGCUCCUCAGCAGUUAGCAAGGACGGCCUGGGCUUCCAGUCCGUCAGCAGCCUGCACACCAGCUGCGAGUCCAUUGACAUCUCCCUCAGCAGCGGAGGGGGCCUGAGUCACAAUUCCUCCACGGGCCUCAUCACCUCUUCUAAGGACGACUCCCUGACUCCCUUUGUGAGAACCAACAGUGUGAAGACCACACUGUCAGAAAGCCCUCUCUCUUCCCCUGCCGCUAGCCCUAAGUUCUGCAGAAGUACUUUGCCCAGGAAACAGGACAGUGACCCGCACCUUGAUAGGAACACUUUGCCUAAGAAAGGACUCAGGUAUGCUCCCACCUCCCAGCUCCGCACACAAGAAGACGCAAAGGAAUGGUUGCGGUCCCACUCUGCAGGGGGUCUGCAGGACACUGCCGCCAACUCCCCCUUUUCUUCCGGCUCCAGUGGAACUUCUCCUUCUGGAACAAGGUUCAACUUUUCUCAGCUUGCGAGCCCCACCACCGUCACGCAGAUGAGCUUGUCCAACCCGACCAUGCUGAGGACCCACAGCCUCUCCAAUGCCGAUGGGCAGUAUGACCCGUACACCGACAGCCGCUUCCGGAACAGCUCCAUGUCCCUGGAUGAGAAGAGCAGGACCAUGAGCCGCUCGGGCUCGUUCCGGGAUGGGUUUGAAGAAGAACUUUGGGAUAAAAAUACUGUGGGCAAGUUUGUCGGCCGCCUUCCUUCCCCGGUUCGGUCCUCUUUCCCUUUGUUCCUGCACUCAAGGUACAGCCUAGUUCACGGAUCCUCACUCUCCUUGGUUUCCAGCACAUCGUCCAUUUAUUCAACGCCGGAGGAGAAAUGCCAGUCAGAGAUUCGCAAACUACGGCGGGAGUUGGAUGCCUCCCAGGAAAAGGUUUCCGCUUUGACCACCCAGCUGACAGCAAAUGCUCACCUUGUGGCAGCCUUUGAGCAGAGUCUUGGAAACAUGACCAUCAGGCUUCAGAGUUUGACCAUGACAGCCGAGCAGAAGGAUUCAGAGCUGAAUGAGUUAAGAAAAACCAUUGAAUUGCUAAAGAAACAGAACGCAGCUGCUCAGGCUGCCAUUAACGGAGUAAUUAACACGCCGGAGCUCAACUGCAAAGGGAACGGCACCUCACAGUCUGCAGACCUCCGCAUCCGCAGACAGCACUCCUCCGACAGCGUCUCCAGCAUCAACAGUGCCACCAGCCACUCCAGCGUGGGCAGCAACAUAGAGAGUGAUUCAAAGAAAAAGAAGAGGAAGAAUUGGGUCAAUGAGUUACGCAGCUCCUUCAAGCAAGCUUUUGGGAAGAAGAAGUCCCCCAAGUCAGCGUCCUCUCAUUCAGACAUUGAGGAGAUGACGGAUUCUUCUUUGCCUUCCUCGCCAAAGUUACCGCACAACGGUUCCACGGGCUCCACUCCGCUGCUGAGGAACUCUCACUCCAACUCUCUAAUUUCAGAGUGCAUGGACAGCGAGGCCGAGACGGUCAUGCAGCUCCGCAACGAGCUGAGAGAUAAGGAGAUGAAGCUGACGGACAUCCGCCUAGAAGCCCUCAGCUCUGCGCAUCAGCUCGACCAACUCCGGGAGGCCAUGAACCGGAUGCAGAGUGAAAUAGAGAAGCUGAAAGCUGAGAAUGACCGGCUAAAGUCGGAGUCUCAGGGCAGUGGCUGCAGCCGGGCACCCUCCCAGGUGUCCCUCUCCGCCUCCCCGAGGCAGUCCUUGGGCCUCUCCCAGCACAGCCUGAACCUCACGGAGUCCACCAGCCUGGACAUGUUGCUGGAUGACACUGGUGAAUGCUCGGCUCGGAAGGAAGGAGGCAGGCAUGUUAAGAUAGUUGUCAGCUUUCAGGAGGAAAUGAAGUGGAAGGAGGAUUCCAGACCACACCUCUUCCUUAUUGGCUGCAUUGGAGUCAGUGGCAAGACGAAGUGGGAUGUGCUCGAUGGGGUGGUUAGACGGCUGUUCAAAGAAUACAUCAUUCACGUCGACCCAGUGAGCCAGCUGGGGCUCAACUCGGACAGUGUUCUGGGCUACAGCAUCGGGGAAGUCAAGCGCAGCAACACUUCCGAGACGCCCGAGCUUCUGCCCUGUGGCUACCUGGUGGGAGAGAACACCACCAUCUCUGUGACCGUCAAAGGGCUCGCAGAAAACAGCCUGGACUCGCUGGUGUUCGAGUCUCUGAUCCCCAAGCCCAUCCUGCAGCGCUAUGUCUCCCUGCUGGUAGAACACCGGCGGAUCAUUCUCUCUGGCCCCAGCGGCACCGGGAAAACCUACCUGGCCAACCGGCUGUCGGAGUACCUGGUGCUUCGGGAGGGACGGGAGCUGACCGAUGGGGUCAUCGCCACCUUCAACGUGGACCACAAGUCCAGCAAGGAAUUGCGCCAGUACCUGUCCAACCUGGCCGACCAGUGCGCCAGUGAGAACAACGCUGCGGACAUGCCUCUCGUCAUCAUCCUGGACAACCUGCACCACGUCAGCUCUCUGGGCGAGAUCUUCAACGGGCUGCUCAACUGCAAGGACCAUAAAUGCCCUUACAUAAUUGGCACAAUGAACCAGGCUACCUCUUCUACUCCCAACCUGCAGCUUCAUCACAACUUCAGGUGGGUGCUGUGUGCCAACCACACGGAGCCCGUGAAGGGCUUCCUCGGCCGGUUCCUGAGGCGGAAGCUCAUGGAGACAGAGAUCAGCGGGCGGGUGCGGAACGUGGAGCUGGUAAAGAUCAUCGACUGGAUCCCCAAGGUCUGGCAUCACCUCAACCGCUUCCUGGAGGCUCACAGCUCCUCGGAUGUCACCAUAGGCCCCCGGCUCUUCCUGUCCUGCCCCAUCGACGUGGACGGCUCCAGGGUGUGGUUCACCGACCUGUGGAACUACUCAAUUAUCCCCUAUCUCCUGGAAGCCGUCAGAGAAGGACUCCAGCUCUAUGGAAGGCGGGCGCCCUGGGAGGACCCUGCCAAGUGGGUGAUGGACACCUACCCCUGGGCGGCCAGCCCACAGCAGCAUGAGUGGCCUCCCCUGCUACAGCUGCGGCCUGAGGAUGUCGGCUUCGACGGCUACUCCGUGCCUCGGGAGGGCUCCACGAGCAAGCAGAUGCCCCCCAGCGAUGCUGAAGGAGACCCGCUGAUGAACAUGCUGAUGCGGCUGCAGGAGGCGGCCAACUACUCCAGCCCGCAGAGCUACGACAGUGACUCCAACAGCAACAGCCAUCACGACGACAUCCUGGACUCGUCCCUGGAGUCCACUCUGUGACGGGGGCAAGGCCAUGGAGCCUGCCCCCUCUUCCUCCUCUUCCUGCUCCCCCCCCUCCUCAUCCUCCCCUCCCCUCGCCCCACUCCACCUAUAUCACCGUAAUGAUGCCCUCCUGAGCCAGCCCCUGCCGCAGCGUGAGCGCUGCAGGAACACCGAGCCCCCUCGUCCCCCAGCCUUGACCUGGCUGCAGGCAUCCCGGGCCAGCCGCCUUGGGACUGCUCCCUUCCACAGCGAGAGCUGCACCGUCUUCGGUUUUAUUUUAAGUAUUGUUUUUGCCUUGUUGCCGUGACCUCCCUAAGACACUGAAGAUACUUUUCGGGAAAGGAUCAUCACUGCUGAAAUGAAAAGGGUUAAAAAUGAAAACCCCAUCCGAAGCUCUGGAACCAAACAGCAUCCUGCGACCAGAUGCCCAGCCACAGAGAGACUGGAGCAAAGUUGGAAAGGCAGACGGCACGGCUUCCCCUCCACGCAGGGCCCGCAGACCGGGCCUGGCCGCCGGCACCCCCACGCCCACGCCGGCCCGCCACGGAGAACUGGUGCUAACUAGGCAUUUGCUUUGGUCCCACAACCAACAACAGAGCUCUGACACGGGGAAAAAAAACAAGUCGUGCUUUCUGUAUUGUUUUAUUCUCUAAAUGGUGCUCUCCUCUCCCGAGAAAUAUUGGGCCCGUUUCAGCCCAGCCACACCGUUCAGACCUGGCAGCCUGCAGCCUCUGCCGAGCCCCGGAGCCGAGUGCUGAAGUGAGGAUGCGCCCAGCGGACACGCCCCCGUGCAGACAGCCCUGUCUGUCUCCUUCCCAGAAAGAAGUGAAUCAGGUGUUCCCUCUGUAGACACUGUGUGCAGGGAGAGUUGGUCUGCUUUGGAGAACAGAUGACCCCGAUGAGAAUGAGAUGGAGUUUCUCCCUUUCUGACUCUUUGAUUUUGAAGGUGUUCCCCCUUCCCCGUUUGGUCAGAAUCAAUCCUUUGGUGGAAGCGGGAGCCGCAGGAGUUGAGUUCCGGUUUGGUCCUGCUGAGUUGCGGUUUUCAGUUGUCCAUCCUCACUGAUUGACACACUUGCCUCCUGCGGCUGGGGCUGGGGCAGCUGCGUCCCCUGAAGUGGACCAGGACCCCCAUCCUCAACACGUGGGUGAGCCAGGAUCUUGCCUUUCCUUCUCGUCCUCAAGGCUUUGGAACGCAUGUCGACACCCCCAGCGUGCCAGCCCCAACCUCAGGUGGGGUGGGGAGGUCACCUCGCGAAAGACUUGCACUUUUCUCCAAACCAACGUGAUGCAACCCAACAAGGAGGUGGUGGCCGUGCCCUCCCAGGACCCCCGGCCCCGGCCUCCAUCCAGGCGAGCCUUGCCUGACCUCUUCGGUGCUGACCUUCCCAAAGCGAUGCCUUACUGGUUUUGUACGAACCGUGUUCAUGUAUGAGUGUCACACCUGUCUGGGGUCUGUUUGUUUUUUUUUUUAUUUUCCCCGUCAGAGCACACAGGGCUACAAAGUCAUCUACUCAUCAGGAGAACUCAAGUUGCUGUGACUUCUGUCUCAUCCAGAGGACUCAUUUGUGUGGGUGUGUGACCAUAGGAAAAAGGAAAAAAAAAAUCCACUUUUUUUAGGUCCUUAGCAGUCUCCAGCUAACUCCCAGGCAAAGCUCCUACAAGUCUGGUCCCCUGGCAUUGCUGACACAGCCGUGCUACUCUGUGUCUCUGUGUCUUCAGCACACUGGGGUUUUCCUUACAGAGUGUGGUAAGCCUUUCCGUUGUUUGUUUCUGUUCUACAAGGAGAAUCUUGUUUGACCCCAGUGGGGGAAUCUCUCUUAAAGAUCAGGGGUUUUAUUCCAUCUUUACAUUUCUGUUCCUGAAGGGUUACCUCUGUGUUUUCUUGUUACCACAAGAGCUUGACCUGAAACGGCUCACAUUACAUCGGAUGACACCAUGUUCUUCCUCCUCCAAAGGGAAAAGGGAAUUUGUCCCACUAACUGGUAAAUGGAAAACCUCUCCACACCAUCCCUGUUUUUAUCUCAGUAGACUCAGACUCUGUUUUGCUAAGCUUUCAUCAGUCAUCAGGGUGUGUGAGUGUGUCCUGUCCUCUUUUGUUUUCCAUGCAUCUUUCAAAUCACAUAUGUAGCCCGUGGCCACGGGCCGAACCCUGAGCCUUCUGGUAGACCUGCAGAGUGGUCCUUCUCAGUCUAACUCCCUGCGAUGACCUUACACUCAUACUGUGAAUUUGGGAGGAGGCAAAACUGACUUCUCCCUGUGGGCAGUUUCCCCAGUCACCUUGUGAGUAGACACCUGUCAGUGUUGUUUGAGACUCGUUUUUUUUUUUUCUUUUUUAAGCAACACCCUUCCUUUCUCUCCCCUCCCCCACAGACUUCCCUCCCAUUGGGUCCAGGCUCAGAACCGAGACCUCUGUCCCUGGUGCUGGCCAAGCAGCGAACAGGGAUUCCAAGUAGUGUGACCCUUGUGUGAUUCACAGCUCAGUGGCCCUCCUCACGUUUCGGGAAGCAGGGUUGUCUGAUAUGCACAUUUCUUGGUCAUAUUUUACUUUGUCAGUGUCACUCACCUUUGAGAAAGUGACUUUGUACUCAUUUAGGGCUCUGUCCGAAAUGCUUCCAUUUUGCCUUUUUCUACAGUUAGGCUAAUUUUGAAAUGUAUGAAAUUCUAUGCAACAUUUAUGUUGAGUUACCAAUGGAAGCCAGAAUUUUCUUCCCGAACUGCCAAGAAUUAUACAGGCCAUAAAUGAGGUGGGAAUACCUUUUAAUUUAAGGUUGGGGGCGGGGUAGGGGCAGGGCAAGGAAUGAGAUUUGCCUGUACCUUUGUUGUAUCUUGGGAACACUUUUUAUUUAAUUGUGGAUGCUCUAAACUUCAGAAUUCUGUGUAUUCAGAUUUGAUCAUGGCGAAUCUACUUCAGAAGGAAAAACUAAUCCAACUUUGUGGAUAUAAACGGAAGGUUUGCUGUUUUGAUCUAGUUGUUUGCCAGCAGAGCAGUUUAUGAAAUAUGUUCUAUAAGAUGUACAUUUUUUCAUUGUAACAUAGAAAUUGUAAAUAAUGGAUUAAAGUGCUGCAUUUUGCUGAAUUUUUUCUAGCCAUUUUUAAAGAGAAAACUAGGAAUCGAGUAUUUUGUGUACGGUAUGUUUCCAUCCCCCCUCCCCUUCCUCCUCGCCCUCCCUCUCUCCCUAUUUAAUUUUCAUUUGUCAUGAGGUUUUUGGAUCUGCCAAUGAUCUGCUGGAGAUCACGCCCCACGUCAUAGAGAAUAAAGCUGAUGAUUGUACCAGUCUUAAAUUAUUCAUGAUUCAAUAAAAUCAAUGCUUAUUUAUUCAGA